UUCAAUCAAUUCUUCUUCUUAACUCACAUAUUCACUCUACUUUUUUCUUUUUGUGUUGCUUGUUUUUAUUAAAGCCAUGGCUAAGUUUGUUGCUCUGUUUCUCUUGGCUCUCGUUGCUAUUUCCAUGCUUCAAACUUUGGUCAUGGCAUCUAAUGGACAUGGAGGUCACCAUAAUAAUCAAGGGCGUUAUGGACAAGGAAGUCUCAAGGGUUUCCAAUGCCCAUCACAAUGCACGAGGAGAUGCAGUAGGACUCAGUACCACAAGCCUUGCAUGUUCUUCUGUCAGAAAUGUUGCAGGAAGUGCCUGUGUGUCCCACCGGGGUUUUAUGGUAAUAAACAAGUGUGCCCUUGCUACAACAACUGGAAGACCAAGGAAGGAGGACCAAAGUGCCCUUAAAUUAAUUAAUCUUAAUUACCCUUCUUAUUUAAAUCAUUUUAAUUUUGUAACACUAAGUAUUGUGGUAGAUCAUCAUCUACUACUAAAAUGCCAACUAUUUUAUUUAUCUGUAAUUUUGUCAUUUCAAGUCACUCCUUGAAGUAGUCUCAUUUUAAUGAGAGUGGCUAAUCUAUUGUUAUAUCAUCAAUGAGUUAAUGAAUUUCUUCCUCUAUUAUGGGAGUUUGAACUUA